UGUGUAUUGUUAUACCAUAAGAGUUAAUUUAUUUUCAACAAAACCAUUUGUGACUACAAAUGUCCCGUCAAGUUGUUCCUGCAGUUGUUUGAAAAUAAUUCCGACGAGGACAUGAAACGCGUGACAGACAUUGCUCUCGUUCUGAUCUUCGCCUGUAUCGUGCAGCAGUUCGUACAGGUCAACAGCCUGAGAGACAGAGGUAGCAGAGCGCAGGCAGAUGGGAAGGGGAAAAGAAGAGGUCAACGGAAUGAAAGUGGCCUGAAAGGGAGAUUCUCACUUAAAGACGGAGCGCGGUGCUCGUGGCGCGCAGCGCGCGGAGGUGAUGCCUUUGUAUUGGGAGUCACGUGCAAAAACGGGGCAAAUACUUUCAGCUGCGAAUAUGUAGCGAAGCCCACAGCAUGUGAACAGUACGCAUCCAAUACCAAAGCCUACUGGAAGCAGAUGUCCCGUUCGCUAAAAAAGCAGAAGAAACUCUGUCGUGACUCCACAGCGAUGGUGAAAGCCGGUAUGUGCAGGAGCGCGCCUGCGGACGCGCACUUCAGUCUGAAGGACACGAGCCCCUCCUCCAGAGUCCCGUUACCGCUAACCGCGGGGAAUAAUAACUGUCCUGACCGGAUCGAGAGGCUGAGAGUGGCCGAAGAACACUGCAGCAGAGCCUGGUCUUCAUUGUGUGCAUUCCUCUUCUUGAUGCUUGAAAAUGAUGAAUGCUCAUGACUGACUUUGGAAAAACUUUUAAGGCAAAAAAAAAAAAACUAAUGUAUUUACAGUGUAUUUAGAUUUUGGUUUGAAUGAAGAAGAAAAUUCGUGGGUUCUUCUGAAACUGUCCUCACAAGAUAUAAAAUAUAAAACCUGAAAUCCGCCAAUGUGUACAGUCAAUGGGUACAAAAAAAUAAAUUAAAAAAAUACGUGUAAACAUUAAAAUAUUAUAAAUUCCUGACCAUCACAACAAAAACCCGUGUUAAGCAUGUUUUGUGUGAGACUUAAAGUUGAUGUAUAAUAGAGGAAGAAUAUAUGAAAAUGGUUAUUGGUGUUUGUAAUCUUACUGAGUGAUCUCUUGAUUAAAGUGCCUUAAUGUUU